AUGCUCACCCGAUCGGCUAUUUUGUUGCUAUUGGCGCUUCUCGGUGUCUCCUAUGCUGCUGUGCAGACAGUCUCCGUUGUUGGCCGUUUGACAUGCAAUGGACGACCCUACUCAGGCGCCAAGCUCAAGCUCUACGAUGAUAACACCAUUUUGCCCGACACAAAGCUGGCUCAAGUGAACUCUGACGCGAACGGGAUGUUCCAAUUGACGGGCACCUCAAGCAAUCUCGUCUUCAGCGCGGAUCCAAAGUUCAACAUCUAUCACAGAUGUGGAAUGACGGUGCCAGUCUGCCAGUACAAAUCCUCAUACAAGAUCCCCAAACAAUACGUCAACUCAGGCUCUCAAAGCAACAAUCAAUUCAACGCUCAAACGAUCGAGUUGACAUUGUUGAAGAAAGAUCGUGAUUGCAUCAAU